AUGUCAUCGAAAAUUUCAACGUCGAGCUUCCCGGUCAAGGUUUUGACUAAGUCAGGAACAGAAGGACCACUACCUUCAACCAUUCAACUCUCCACCUCCCAUGGUGGGGUCUCAGAGAUUAUCCUCGAUUAUGGACGAGCCGUGGGAGGAAUUCCAUUCUUCGAGACUGCGAAUGUGGGAAGUGAAGGUGUAGCAACCUUGGAAAUAAUAUACAGUGAGACAAGAGCAGGAGUUGACAAGGAAAAAGGCGAUGGACCAUUCCUGUUAUUUUCCAACGCAAUGGACACAUACAGAGUCAACACACAUUCAUUCACGCCUUCCCAAGAGACUGCGUAUGUGGAAACAAGAUUCGCUCAAAAAUCUCAAAGAUUCCAGAAACUCGUCCUUAAAUCGCCAAACUCCUCGAUCAUAUUUUCCUCCAUCGGUUUCCGACAUCAAAGGCCGGCAGCCGUCCCCAAAAGCACCUUCAAGUGCUCAAACGAGCUGCUCAAUAGGAUUUGGGAUGACGGAGCUCGAACAGUUGAUAUGUGUACCGUGGACGCCGGAGAGACCGCUGAAGCAUGGGAUAUUACCGAGGAGGGAACGAGGAUAAAUGGCCAACAUUGGGCUCCUUGCCGUUUUGGAACACGUUGGGAAGAUAAAGUGGUUGAAUUUGAAGUGAAGAUCGAGUCUGGUGGGGCGAGUUGGGGUGUUCACAUGGUUGCGAAUGGCCUCAUUUUCUGUCUGGAUGUGGCGACGCGGUCUUUGGCUGCUGUGGAAGGACUUUCCAAUACUGAUGGGAUAUUCCCUCCGAUACCUCGGGGGAGUUGGACUUUGCCGCAGCUUGAUCUUAAUGAUUGGUUGAAGGUGAAGAUUAUUGCUCUUGGAGAUUCUGUCGAUGUCGAAAUCGAAGGCCAGAAAGUAGCGAGUGUGACUGGGCUAAAGUUGCAUCCGAUUCUUGGAGGAAACAACAACAGUGGCUCAAUUGCAUUUGGUGGGCCAGCACACUACACUGCCGCAUAUCGAUCACUGCUUGUGAAAGAUACAGAAGACAACAUCCUUUACAAAAACAGCUUUCUAGUGGCAGACAAGGAGCGAACAUUUGCUGAUUUUUCAGUGGGCACAAAUCCGCUGGUUUGUACGAUAGACGGGGCCAAAAGAGAUCGAGCAUGUUUCUCGGGAGACCUUUUUGUAAUGGGACGCUCUAUAGCCUACUCGACUGCACGACUUGAUGCUAUCCUUGGAAGUAUCACUCUACUGUCAAGUCACCAGACUUCUGGGGGGUAUAUUGGCAGCUUAUGCCCCAUCCAAGCGCCUGUUCAUGAAGAAAUUGACAUGGAGCCUCCAACUUAUGCAUUCUACUCCCUCAGUUAUGCGCUGGCAUUGGUGGUGGUCACCAAAGAAUACUGGAUGCAGUCUGGUGACUCCACUACCGUGAAUAAUAUUUGGGGUCGAUUUGAAAAGUUGAUCACUUUUGCUGAGAGAUUCAAGGACAAAAGGGGUCUCAUUGUUGCUCCUCCACCAUUAUCCAUGGACUGGCUCCCACUUGGUGGGCCGCAUUUUGGUGCUUCUGGAAAGAUAAACCUCGCCUUCUACGAUGCCUUACAAUCCAUGAGCCAGAUGAGUGCUUCCAUUGGAAUCAAUGAUACGUUCGCUACUCGUGCUGAAGAUCUGAGAAAGUCCAUCGUUUCCCACUUGUGGAACGAAGAAGCCGGUAUAUUACGCAUGACCGAUACUGUAUCGCCGAGUGGAAUAUGCCAAGAUAUCAACGCAUACAGCACCACUCUAGACAUCUCACCUUCUCAUUCGAACACAACCAAAAUUCUUGCGUCUGCGGACCAGCCUCCCUUCGCCUUUCAAAAUUUGGAAAGAUGGGACAACAACAAGAUCAUAAGUCCGUAUUCCUGCGGCUUUGCUGCCGAAGCACUCUUCAUUCGAAGCGAGGGCGUGAAGGCAGUACAAUUGAUUGAGAUGGUGUGGGGAGACAUGUCCAACCCGGCAAAUCCGAACUAUUCAGGAGGUCAUUGGGAAGCCAUGGACGAGAAUGGAAGCCCUGUUCAUGACGACACCUCUCUCAUCCAUGGUUGGUCAACCUGGCCAGUCUUCCUACUUCCCAAAUACUUGGCUGGUCUCGAGCCACUUGAGCCAGGGUGGGUGAAGUGGAAGGUUCAGCCUGUUCUCGCGGGUCUCGAGUCUGUUGAUGUUCAGCUCUCCACUCCAGCUGGGAUUAUUGCUGUUUCGUUAUAUAUCCAGGAAGCGCAAAGAACUGGCGAGAUUAUUCUUGAUGUUCCAAAAGAGACGACAUGUGAGAUUUCCCCGCCACUUGGAUGGCAAAUCUCGGAAUCUGCGGGGGAUGUUUCUAAUUCUGUUGUCCAACAAAGAGGGACAGGGGUCUCUCUUAUCUAG